AUGGCGUCGGAUUACGAUCACGGGGCGCCUGACGACCGCUUGCAUGCCCAUGCCCACCCCGCCCCUAUCGAACCCGCCUACCCUGGCGAUCGAGGUUGGCAGAACGGAGGAGGUAGAAGAACUCCCGACAACAGCAAUUACCGCUCACAACAUCACUCGCGUUCACCCGGUCCAAGAACGCCUGGCAGAGAUGGCGACCCGAGGCGGAGCGGUGAACGCAAUAGGUCCAAGGGAAGAGGUGGGCGGUCAGCCAGCGGUCAACAGAGAAUCUGCAAGAAGUGUGGAGAGCCACUGACCGGCCAAUUCGUGCGCGCACUGGACGGAACUUUUCAUCUCGAUUGCUUCAAGUGUAGGGACUGCGGCCAGAUCGUAGCUUCGAAGUUCUUCCCCGUCGACGACGAGAAUGGCGAGGGACAAUACCCGCUUUGCGAGACGGACUAUUUCCGCAGGCUUGGCCUUCUCUGCUUCCAAUGUGGAGGGGCUCUGCGCGGCUCCUACAUCACUGCGCUCGACCGCAAGUACCACGUCGACCAUUUCACAUGCUCGAUGUGUCCCACCGUUUUCGGCGCCCAGGACAGUUACUACGAGCACGAUGGCAACGUCUACUGCCACUACCAUUACUCUACCCAGUUCGCGCAACGAUGCAACGGCUGUCAGACUGCGAUUCUAAAACAGUUCGUGGAGAUUUUCAGAAAUGGCCAGAACCAACACUGGCAUCCUGAGUGCUACAUGAUUCACAAGUUCUGGAACGUACGACUUACACAGCCGAGCGAUACCUCUGAGGUACCCCAAGAGACGGAUGACCCCGCCACGCGCGAAAUCAUUAGAGAGGAGGAAGAGCGCAUGGAGGAGAAGGUCUACCGCAUCUGGAGUGUCCUGUCGACUUUCGAGGAGUCGUCUGCCGCGUGCAUUUCGGACAUGCUUCUGCAUGUCAGCAACGGUGCCUAUGUGGACGGUGUGCUCGUUGCCAAGAAGUUCAUUUGGCACGUUGAGAUUUUGUUCCAGUCCGCCGACCGACUCGACUUCUCCAUGGAUCAGUUGAAGCUCAAAGGAUUAUCGUACGGACGUGAAGCCAAGCUUCUUUGCAAGAAGAUAGUGUCUUUCUUUUCCCUGCUGUCCAAGACCCAGGACACGGGGGCUCGGAAGCUUGGCGUCACUCAGGAAUUGCUGUCCCUCGUCACGGGUCUGGCUCACUACCUCAAGUUGCUCAUCCGCAUCUGUCUACAGGGUGCACUUCGCCUGGAAAAGGAGUCUAAGAGCUCCGAAGGCAUUUACCAAUUCCUGGAUGAUCUUGCCGAGCUAGACACGGUCAAGCCCGACGACAACACCCUGCAGGCGAUCACCGGUAACUCCCGACUUUCAGCUAAGGACUCGGAUCACUGUGCGCUCUGCAACAAGUCAGUCGAGGAUGAGUGCGCAAAGAACACUGACAGACGGUGGCACAUUGCUUGCGUGAACUGCUCGAAUUGCAACAAGGAGCUCGGUCGCAGACUCGACGAGGCGCGCUACAAUGCGUUUGACAAGACGAUUUGGUGUAGUAACUGCCUCGGUGUGAACAGCGAGGGUAUGCCCCCCUUCGAGCAUGUCACCAAGUUGCAGCAGUACGUUUUCCUGUUGAAGGUAGCACUCGCGAGAUUGUUGGACAUUCUCCGCAGCAACGGUGCCCUGCCUCGGCAGAAUGACGACCAGAACAUGGAUGGGUAUGGUCCAGGCGAGGGACUCCGAGCUUUGGCCCCCGGGGAGGCACCCUACCUCAACUCGGACAACCGUUCCAAGUCAUACGCUGGAGAUCAACGGGAGCACAAUCGCGAGUCUUCCUACGAGAACACACUGAAUGAUGUUCGCCGAUUGAGAAGUACCCGACUCGACAAGCAUUUGUCUUCCAGCUUCAGAAAGGCCAGGACUUCGCGCAUCAUGGACGGCCCCGAAGGACGUAGCGUCCGCCCAGGAUCCGCCGGCGAGGACCCCGGUCGAGCCGACGGAGGCUUCUCGAUUGUCGAAGACCGUGGCCCACACGACGAGGGCACCACGGACAAGAUGUUUAACCACCAGGACGCCCUGACUUUGGACGACAUUCCCAGAAUCGUCGCGGCGGAGCAAGUCAAAGAGCAGCAGUAUAAGCCACGCCAAGAGCUCUUCCGCUCCCCCGCGACCGACCCCGCGGGUCAUCAGAGAUCGCAGUCCGCCGGCAGGGAGAACGAAAUCCGUGCCGGUGACCCCUUGCCGCAGCGACUUGGAAGGAAGUACUUUUCGGAGCUCUCGGGUCUAGAGUACUUUAUUGUUCGACACUUGGCGGUCCUGAGUCUUCACCCCGCGGUCGAGAACGAAUUCACUUUGGAUGAGCUUUUGAGUUUCAUUGAGUCGAGGAAGCAACCCACAUUCUGGAAGAACCUCGGCAAGGCCUUCAAGAACGACAGGCCGAAAAACGCCAAGAAGAAGGGCAUCUUUGGAGUUCCUCUUGAGAUUAUCAUCGAGAAGGACGGAGCCGAGUCGACGGAUGGAGUCGGACCUGGGGCCCUCAAGAUCCCCGCCAUCAUCGAUGAUAUCAUCAGCUCGAUGAGAAAGAUGGAUCUGUCAGUCGAGGGUGUGUUCAGAAAGAACGGCAACAUCAAGAGGCUCACAGAGCUCGUGGAGAGGAUCGACCGUGAGGGAUGCGACAACAUCAGCUUCAUGGACCAACCCGUCGUUCAAGUUGCUGCUUUACUGAAGCGUUACCUACGCGAGCUUCCCGACCCCCUCAUGACCUUCAAGCUGCAGCGCCUCUGGAUCGUGGUCGCCAAGAUUCAGGACGACGCAAAGCGAAAGCAGUACCUUCACCUCAUCUGCUGCCUGUUGCCCAAGGCUCACAGGGACUCUCUGGAGAUCUUAUUCUGUUUCCUGAAGUGGGCUGGAUCAUUCCAUCAAGUUGAUGAGGAAGCUGGUUCCAGAAUGGACAUCAAGAACUUGGCAACAGUCAUCGCACCCAACAUUCUCUACAGCAGCAACAAAGCGGCUGUGUUGGACAGCGACCCUAUGUUUGCCAUUGUUGCUGUGCAGGACAUGAUCACAUACAUUGAAGAGAUGUGUCUGGUUCCUGAUGAGCUGAUGGAUCUCGUGAACGAUCCGUUUGUAUUUGGCGCGAACAGUGCUGAUCUGAGCACCAAGGACAUCCUGAAGCGCUACCAGGACCGCAUUGGCCAACGACCAGGAUAUGGCGAAGUCAAUGAAGUCUUUAACAGACCGGACAACUCUACCCGUCCUCCUCCCCGACGGGUUGAGACUGACCCCGCUCUGUGGCAACAGCAGGAGAGCAGCGUCCGCCCCGUGCAGGAACCCCCCAUGCCCCUGUACAACCAACCUCACCCUAACACACCACCCCAAAGAUGGCGAGCACAUGAAGAGAAUGGCCACCCUUCGCCCUAUGGCAGUCAAUUUGAGCACUCAGAUACCGAGGGCCCAACUGAUGCUCAGAAGCGAGAGUGGCGCAACUCCGCCGCCUGGGGACGACAGAAUGGUGGUGUUGGUGUCGGUGGAAACACAUAG